CAGCUCAGCGAAAGCAGCAGAGCCUCUCCAGCUCAGCUUGGGGCUCAGUCAGUGUAGGCGGCACGGAUAAUACCAGCUCGGCUUUUAUUAGCUAUUAAAAUGUUUUAAAGAAUAUAAUUUCUGUGGGUUAUAAUAAGCAGGACAGGGUGCUUGUUAUCUCGCUCUGUCGUUAUAUUUGGACCAACAUUAGGCGGCUAAAUUUAGCUCGGUUAACUUGCUAAAGUAGCAGUUAUCGUUUAUAUAUUGAAGUGAUCUCCACACAGAGAAACACGACAGAGGAUGCUGGAGUCGAUAAAAGUCACAGAAAGACUCCACUGGCCAGAGGUAGAAAUGUCCAAAAAGUCUAUCUUAAACUCUGCUGACAAGGCACUGAGUCCAAGCCAAGUAUACCUGGAGAAGAUUUCUUCAAGCGUCCUCAAAGACCUCUUUAGUACUGGCUCCAGCAGCUACAACGUCCUGCUGCAGGCUGAGGAGGAGGAGGACAAGAAGAGCCCGAAGCAGUCCCCGCACAAGAGGCCAAAGACAUCAGUGAAAUGUGGCACCACGUUUGGUAAAAGAAACCGUCCGGCCAUGGUUCCUAAAAAGGCUCGAGCUCCGGGAAGUGGCGGUAAACCCGCGCAGACAAACCGUGUCUUCUCAGGCAGCAUCUCCAAUCUACCCAAACCGGCACGCAACAUCGCAGUAGUGGGCAGCCACAUGGGCCUUAGCCCUCGUGCAGUUCCACAGCUCAGGAAGAUAUACAUCGCCAGUUCCUCUCGCACUAAACUCCCCUCUUUGCACAAAGCAGCGAUCGCACGGGAAGUGGAAAACGCCAAGAAGCUCUGCAUCCUCACCGCCAUCAAGCCGUCAAACGUCGAGAAGGAGAAGGCCAAGUUUUUUAAGUCUGACUUCAACUACAACCCACAGUUUGAGUACAGCAACCCCGUCUCUCCGCUCGUCCUGGCGCGGCAUAACAACGCCUCUGAUCGCUUUCUGACACAGGCGGUGCACAUCAUGGAGCUUGCCCUGCAGCGAUAUGGCAGCUACGAGAAGUUUGAACAGGUCACUGCAGGUAACCUCCUCACCAAGAGUCGCAUCUGGCACAAUGUCAAGAAAUACAUGGAGAAGGAAGGCUGCUUGGGAGAGAUCGUAGUCCAGGUGACAGACGACCUCCUGUCCAGAGCUUCCAUGACGGUGGUGAACAGCAGGCCCACGCUGACCAUCAACAUCUCCACUGCCCGAGAGCACUGGCUGGAAGGCAUGCUGAGGCACGAGAUCGGCACACAUUAUUUCCGCGGCAUCAACAACUACCACCAGCCAUGGAGCAGCAGCGUGACCAGGAAGAAGCACAACCUGAAGCCCCUGAACCCCACAGAGGAGGGCCUGGCCAGCAUCCACAGUGUCCUGUUCAGAAAAGAUCCCACACUGUGGCGCGCAGCUCUGCUCUACUACACCGUCUACCAGGCCAGCCGCAUGUCUUUCUCUCAGCUCUUCCACAAUCUAGGACGCUUUGUCCAGGACCCCAACACCCGCUGGGACUACUGUGUCCGAGCCAAGAGAGGCCAGACCGAUACAGCACAACCAGGGUGCUUCAGUAAAGACCAGGUCUACCUGGAUGGUAUCCUGAAGAUCCUGAGAUACAGAGACAAGAUCAACUUCCCGAUGCUGAUGGCUCUAGGAAAGGUGUCAUUCGAAGACGUGGACCGCCUCAAAGGACUGGCUCAGAUGGAGAACGUCCGCAUCCCGCACUUCAUGCAGGACCAGGCGAGGUACGCGGAGCAGCUGACCAAAAUCAUGGCGGUCAACCAGCUGACCGACGAGGAGCUCAGAACCAUCAUCUGAGCCCGUUCCACACGCCUCUGCACAACGACACCUGAUCACACCUGGAUACAUCCUGUAACACCACUGCCAGCCGCGGCCCGCAUGCCUCAACAACACCACCUCCAUGCAUGGCAACAGAGUGCGUGACUUGUGCAGUGUGCUGUAUUGCAUGUAGUGUAGAAGUUGUGUUAGACAGGAUAUGUUAGUUUAAUCUGAUGCUGGCUUUUAGUUAAAGAUGAAAUAGUUUUACCCGGUACAGAUAAAUCACCCAGAUUUA